AUGCCCCGCGAUGCAGACUUCCUCAGCCCACGCGAGCUGCUAGUAAAUGAUGGGUUUGUUUGCAAGCUUGCGUCCUUUCGGAAACUGGGGGAUCUCUGCAUCAGGAAUCAGAAUCUGCCCGAUUCUGACGACAGCCUGAUGCAACAAGCUGGCUUUGAAGAGAAAGCCUAUGGCGUGGUGGUCCGGCAAGUCGCUAAUAACCUCAAUUACAACUAUACCGACACUGUGUGCAGCACCGCCUUGAAACUUUGUUCUGCCGCGCCGGAUGGUUACGACAAGAUAUUCCAGGACAUGGAGGCAUUGAGGCAGGACCCCGACAACGACAGCCUUCGGGACAAGGUCCAGAACGAGAUCAACGAUCGAAAGUACGAUAUCGACCUCCUUAAACACCAGGCGGACGCCUGGAGCUCGAAUCUCCGAGCUUACAGCCUGGACGCGGAGGAUUGUGAAAUCAAGGUGCAUCAACUGGCUGCCCCUUUCCAGGGAACGACCUUGGCGGACAUUUUGAAAGAUGAGAUAUCCGAUCACGAGGACCUCCAGAUGGACCUUAAUGCUCUGGAUUGGACUAAGGUAGGUUUCAAUCUCGACAGGUGGGCUGUAGUGGCUGGCUGGCUGUCUGCUUAG